GCCAGAUCCGGAAGUGUGUGUCGAGAGUGCCGGUCCGCGGCCCCCACCCGCAAGUGUGUGCGCAAGCUCUGAGGCACGUGUGCUGCCGCCGGGAUGAAGUUCGCUUACCGGUUUUCAAAUUUGUUGGGUACAGUUUAUCGAUGUGGAGACUUACAUUUCACAUGUGAUGGAAACUCAGUUAUCAGUCCUGUGGGGAAUAGAGUCACCGUGUUUGAUCUUAAGAACAACAGAUCUGACACACUGCCCCUGGCCACUAGGUACAACAUCAAGUGUGUGGGACUGUCCCCUGAUGGCCGCCUUGCCAUCAUCGUUGAUGAAGGGGGUGCUGCACUGCUGGUCAGCCUGGUCUGCAGAUCAGUGCUGCACCAGUUCCACUUCAAAGGUUCUGUGCACAGCGUCUCCUUCUCUCCUGAUGGCAGGAAAUUUGUGGUCACAAAGGGCAACAUCGCUCAGAUGUACCAUGCCCCUGGGAAGAAGCGAGAGUUCAAUGCAUUUGUCCUUGACAAAACCUACUUCGGCCCGUAUGAUGAGACCACAUGCAUUGACUGGACGGAUGACUCCAGGUGCUUUGUGGUUGGGAGCAAGGACAUGUCCACCUGGGUGUUUGGAGCUGAGCGCUGGGACAACCUCAUCUACUACGCGCUUGGGGGACACAAGGAUGCCAUCGUGGCCUGCUUCUUUGAGUCCAACAGCCUGGACCUGUACUCCAUUAGCCAGGACGGAGCCCUGUGUGUGUGGCAGUGUGACACGCCUCCAGAAGGCCUGAAGCUGAAGGCUCCCACGGGCUGGAAGGCAGACCUGCUGAGGCGAGAAGAAGAAGAAGAAGAGGAGGAGGAGGAGGGAGAGAGAGAGACCACCAUCCGGGGCAAGGCCACUCCAGCUGAGGAGGAGAAGACCGGAAAAGUGAAGUACUCACGGCUGGCCAAGUACUUUUUCAAUAAAGAAGGAGACUUUAACAACCUGACAGCUGCGGCAUAUCAUAAGAAGAUUCACCUCUUGGUCACGGGUUUUGCUUCCGGAAUCUUCCAUCUGCAUGAGCUCCCGGAGUUCAACCUCAUCCAUUCCCUGAGCAUCUCAGAUCAGAGGAUAGCCUCAGUCGCCAUCAACAGCUCCGGGGACUGGAUUGCCUUUGGCUGCUCAGGUGCGUUUUCUAUAGCUAUAGAAACAGAACCUCCUGAAGAAAACGUGCCUGAGGUUCAGCCCCGCUCAGGGCAGAGAGCUGGGCUGCAGCCAGAGCAGACCACUGAGACUGACCAGCCUGACCAUGGCCUUCUCUUGGCCGGCGUUCUAGGGAAAGUGGCCUCCCAUGGCCUGUUCUGAGCAGGACCAGAGCAGCUCUGGGGUGGCUCACGUGUCAAGGGAUAUUCAGUGAAGU